AUGCCUGAUGCCAACUGUCCCAUGCAGAACUUACAGUACUCUCCAGGCAACAUCUUGCCAACUGUCCCAUGCAGAACUUACAGUACUCUCCAGGCAACACCUUGCCAACUGUCCCAUGCAGAACUUACAGUACUCUCCAGGCAACACCUUGCCAACUGUCCCAUGCAGAACUUACAGUACUCUCCAGGCAACACCUUGCCAACUGUCCCAUGCAGUACUUACAGUACUCUCCAGGCAACACCUUGCCAACUGUCCCAUGCAGAACUUACAGUACUCUCCAGGCAACACCUUGCCAACUGUCCCAUGCAGAACUUACAGUACUCUCCAGGCAACACCUUGCCAACUGUCCCAUGCAGUACUUACAGUACUCUCCAGGCAACAUCUUGCCAACUGUCCCAUGCAGAACUUACAGUACUCUCCAGGCAACAUCUUGCCAACUGUCCCAUGCAGUACUUACAGUACUCUCCAGGCAACAUCUUGCCAACUGUCCCAUGCAAGUGUCCAGAAUUCGACCUUCGAUUUGUCAUUAAUACGCCAGCGUGUGAAGCAUUUGCUGUCGACGAAGGUUACGCAAACGUCACAGAUGAUAUAAGUGAGAAAACGAACCUUACUGCACUGAUAGACAAUAAAAUGUCAGCCAACCAAACAAUUGGUGCAGAUGUAGAACAGCUAUAUCCGAGGGCAGGAGUUAAUUGUUACACGCCAACUACAUCUACACCUACAACUGCACUUACUAUUGCAUUUAACACUACAUCUACACUUACAACUGCAUCUAGCACUACAUCUACACCCACAACUGCAUCUAGCACUACAUCUGCACCUACCAUUGCAUCCAGCACUACAUCUUCACCUACAACUGCAUCUAGCACUACAUCUACACCUACAACUGCAUCUAGCACUACAUCUACACCAACAACUAUAUCUAGCACUACAUCUACACCAACAGCUGCAUCUAUCACUACAUCUGCACCUACCAUUGCAUCUAGCACUACAUCUACACCAACAACUACAUCUAGCACUACAUCUACACCUACAACUGCAUCUAGCACUACAUCUACACCUACAACUGCAUCUAGCACUACAUCUGCACCUACCAUUGCAUCUAGCACUACAUCUACACCUACAACUGCAUCUAGCACUACAUCUACACCUACAACUGCAUCUAGCACUGCAUCUACACCUACAACUGCAACUAGCACUACAUCUACACCUACAACUGCAUCUAGCACUACAUCUACACCAACAGUUGCAUCCAGUACUACAUCUGCACCUACCAUUGCAUCUAGCACUACAUCUACACCUACAACUGCAUCUAACACUACAUCUGCACCUACCAUUGCAUCUAGCACUACAUCUACACCUGCAACUGCAUCUAGCACUACAUCUACACUUACAACUGCAACUAGCACUACAUCUGCACCUACAACUGCAACUAGCACUACAUCUACACCUACAACUGCAUCUAGCACUACAUCUAUACCUACAGCUGCAACUAGCACUACAUCAACAAACACAACCACAAACACAUCAAGUAAUUCGACUGUGGCAACGACGGCAUCAACACUGAAUACGACGAUUUCCUCAACAAUAAUGAGUUCCUCUCUUGCGUCAAGCUCUCCAGAUAUAAGUGAGAGAACGAACCUUACUGCACUGAUUGACAAUGCAAUGUCAGCCAACCAAACAAUUGGUGCAGAUGUAGAACAGCUAUAUCCGAGGGCAGGAGUAAAUUGUUACAAGCCAACUGAACCUGCACAUACAUCUGCACCUACCAUUGAAUCUAGCAGUACGUCUACACCUACACCAAUAAAUACGGCUCCACCUGCAACUGUAUCUAGCACUACAUCUACACCUACAACUACAACUACGGCUCCACCUACAACUGCAUCUAGCACUACAUCUAUACCUACAACUACAACUACGGCUCCACCUGCAACUGCAUCUAGCACUACAUCUACACUUACAACUGCAUCUAGCACUACAUCUACACUUACAACUGUAACAACCACUACAUAUACAACUACGGUUCCACCUACAACUGCAUCUAGCACUACAUCUACACCUACACCUAUAACUACGGCUCCACCUGCAACUGCAUAUAGCACUACAUCUUCACCUACAACUACGGCUCCACCUACAACUGCAUCUAGCACUUCAUCUACACCUACAACUACGACUCCACCUACAACUGGAUCUAGCACUACAUCUACACCUACACCUAUAACUACGGCUCCACCUACAACUGCAUCUAGCACUACAUCUACACCUACACCUACGGCUCCACCUACAACUGCAUCUAGCACUACAUCUACACCUACACCUACAACUACGGCUCCACCUACAACUGCAUCUAGCACUACAUCUACACCUAUAACUGUAACAAGCACUACACCUACAACUACAACUACGGCAUCAACAGUGAAUACGGCGAUUUCUUCAACAAAAAUGAGUUCCUCCCUUGCGACAAGCUCACAAGAUAUAAGUGAGAGAACCAACCUUACUGCACUGAUCGACAAUGCAAUGUCAGCCAACCAAACAAUUGGUGCAGAUGUAGAACAGCUAUAUCCGAGGGCAGGAGUAAAUUGUUAUAAGCCAACUGAACCUACACAUACAACUGCACCUACCAUUGAAUCUAGCACUACGUCUAAACCUACACCUAUGAAUACGGCUCCACCUGCAACUGCAUCUAGCACUACAUCUACACCUACAACUACAACUACGGCUCCACCUGCAACUACAUCUAGCACUACAUCUACACCUACAACUACGGCUCCACCUGCAACUGCAUCUAGCACUACAUCUACACUUACAACUGCAUCUAGCACUACAUCUACAACUGUAACAACCACUACAUAUACAACUACGGCUCCACCUGCAACUGCAUCUAGCACAACAUCUACACCUUCAACAACGGAUCCACCUGCAGUUGCAUCUAGCACUACAUCUACACUUACAACUUUAACAACCACUACAUAUACAACUACGGCUCAACCUGCAGUUGCAUCUAGCACUACAUCUACACCUACAACUGCAUCUAGCAAUACAUUUACACUUACAACUGCUACAAGCACUACACCUACAACUACAACUACGGCUCCACCUACAACUGCAUCUAGCCCUACAUCUACACCUACAGCAACGGCUCAACCUACAACUGCAUCUAGCACUACACCUACACCUACAACUGCAGCUGUAACAAGCACUACACCUACAUCUACGGCUCUACCUACAACUGCAUCUAACACUACACCUACAACUACGGCUCCACCUACACCUACAUCUACACUUACAACUGCAACAAGCACUACACCUACAACUACAACUACGGCUCCACCUACAACUGCAUCUAGCCCUACAUCUACACCUACAGCAACGGCUCAACCUACAACAGCAUCUAACACUACACCUACACCUACAACUGCGGCUCCACCUCCACCUACAUCUACACCUACAACUACGGCUCCACCUACAACUGCAACAAGCACUACACCUACACAUACAACUACGGCUCCUACUUCAACUGCAGCUAGCACUUCAUCUACACCUAUAACUGCUACAAGCACUACACCUACACCUACAACUACGGCUCCACCUACACCUACAACUACGGCUCCUACUUCAACUGCAACUAGCACUUCAUCUACAGCUACAACUGCAACUAGCACUACACCUACACCUUCAACUACGGCUCCUACUACAACUGCAACUAGCACUUCAUCUACACCUACAACUGCUACAAGCACUACACCUACACCUACAACUACGGCUCCAAUUACAACUGCAUCUAGCACUACAUCUACACCUACACCUACAACUACAACUACGGUUCCACCUACAACUGCAUCUAGCACUACAUCUACACCUACACCUACAACUGCUACAAGCACUACACCUACACCUUCAACUACGGCUCCAAUUACAACUGCAUCUAGCACUACAUCUACACCUACACCUACAACUACAACUACGGUUCCACCUACAACUGCAUCCAGCACUACAUCUACACCUACACCUACAACAACGGCUCCACCUACAACUGCAUCUAGCACUACAUCUGCACCUACACCUACACCUACAACUACGGCUCCAAUUACAACUGCAUCUAGCACUACAUCUACACCUACACCUACACCUACAACUGCUACAAGCACUACACCUACACCUACAACUACGGCUCCAAUUACAACUGCAUCUAGCACUACAUCUACACCUACACCUACAACUGCUACAAGCACUACACCUACACCUACAACUACGGCUCCAAUUACAACUGCAUCUAGCACUACAUCUACACCUACACCUACACCUACAACUGCUACAAGCACUACACCUACACCAACAACUACGGCUCCAAUUACAACUGCAUCUAGCACUACAUCUACACGUACACCUACACCUACAACUGCUACAAGCACUACACCUACACCUGCAACUACGGCUCCUACUACAACUGCAUCUAGCACUACAUCUGCACCUACACCUACAACUACAACUACGGUUCCACCUACAACUGCAUCUAGCACUACAUCUACACCUACACCUACAGCAACGGCUCCACCUACAACUGCAUCUAGCACUACAUCUACUCCUACACCUACAACUACGGCUCCUACUACAACUGCAUCUAGCACUACAUCUACACCUUCACCUACAACAACGGCUCCACCUACAACUGCAUCUAGCACUACAUCUACACCUACACCUACAACUACGGCUCCACAUACAACUGCAUCUAGCACUACAUCUACACCUACACCUACAACAACGGCUCCACAUACAACUGCAUCUAGCACUACAUCUGCACCUACACCUACAACUACGGCUCCACAUACAACUGCAUCUAGCACUACAUCUACACCUACACCUACAACUACGGUUCCACCUACAACUGCAUCUAGCACUACAUCUACACCUACACCUACAACUACGGCUCCACCUACAACUGCAUCUAGCACUACAUCUACACCUACACCUACAACUACGGCUCCACCUACAACUGCAUCUAGCACUACAUCUGCACCUACACCUACAACUACGGUUCCACCUACAACUGCAUCUAGCACUACAUCUACACCUACACCUACAACUACGGCUCCACCUACAACUGCAUCUAGUACUACAUCUACACCUACACCUACAACUACGGUUCCACCUACAACUGCAUCUAGCACUACAUCUACACCUACACCUACAACUACGGUUCCACCUACAACUGCAUCUAGUACUACAUCUACACCUACACCUACAACUACGGCUCCACCUACAACUGCAUCUAGCACUACAUCUACACCUACACCUACAACUACGGCUCCACAUACAACUGCAUCUAGCACUACAUCUACACCUACACCUACAACUACGGCUCCACCUACAACUGCAUCUAGCACUACAUCUACAUCUACACCUACAACUACGGCUCCACCUACAACUGCAUCUAGCACUACAUCUUCACCUACACCUACAACUACGGUUCCACCUACAACUGCAUCUAGCACUACAUCUACACCUACACCUACAACUACGGCUCCACCUACAACUGCAUCUAGCACUACAUCUACACCUACACCUACAACUACGGCUCCACCUACAACUGCAUCUAGCACUACAUCUGCACCUACACCUACAACUACGGUUCCACCUACAACUGCAUCUAGCACUACAUCUACACCUACACCUACAACUACGGCUCCACCUACAACUGCAUCUAGUACUACAUCUACACCUACACCUACAACUACGGUUCCACCUACAACUGCAUCUAGCACUACAUCUACACCUACACCUACAACUACGGCUCCACCUACAACUGCAUCUAGUACUACAUCUACACCUACACCUACAACUACGGCUCCACCUACAACUGCAUCUAGCACUACAUCUACACCUACACCUACAACUACGGCUCCACAUACAACUGCAUCUAGCACUACAUCUACACCUACACCUACAACUACGGCUCCACCUACAACUGCAUCUAGCACUACAUCUACAUCUACACCUACAACUACGGCUCCACCUACAACUGCAUCUAGCACUACAUCUUCACCUACACCUACAACUACGGCUCCACCUACAACUGCAUCUAGCACUAUAUCUACAUCUACACCUACAACUGCAUCUAGCACUACACCUACAACUGCAUCUAGCACUACACCUACACCUACAACUGCAUCUAGCACUACACCUACACCUACACCUACAACUACGGCUCCACCUACAACUGUAUCUAGCACUACAUAUACACCUACACCUACAACUACGGCUCCACCUACAACUGCAUCUAGCACUACAUCUACACCUACAACUGCUACAAGCACUACCCCUACACCUACAACUGUAUCUAGCACUACACCUACACCUACACCUACAACUACGGCUCCACCUACAACUGUAUCUAGCACUACAUAUACACCUAUAACUGUAACAAACACUACACCUACACCUACAACUACGGCAUCAACAGUGAAUACGGCGAUUUCUUCAACAAAAAUGAGUUCCUCCCUUGCGACAAGCUCACAAGGUUAG